ACAUCAUAUGACAAGGCACAUUAGGAAGUCCUUCCACUGAAGAGGAUAGCUGUUCUUUUUCAUCCACUUUUGAAUAUAUCUAUGGCCACAUCGUCCGUGAAUUUCGAACUUAUUUUUUUAUUUGUUUUAUGUUUACGAGAAUGUGGUUUGUCCCAGUGCAAAGACAUCCGAAACUCUUUGGAUGAAGACCUGUUGUUGCCUUACACCAAAUCCCACGGCCCAUCACACUCCCAUCGCCAUGUGAGGGACUGUCAACCCAUUGCUCAUGGCAACGUAACCCACGAAACCUGGGCAACAAGCAAUCACUCUAAAUCCCCAGUGGUUGAGUCCAAGAUAUUCGUCUCCAGCAUUUCAGAUGACACUGGCACUGCCGGAUGGAAAAGUGGCCACAUCACAGUGGUUCAUGACCCUCUAAGAACUGUGUCCAUUCUGGAGCCAGGGGGUCCUGGAGGGUGCGAGCAGAACCACAAAGAGCUUGUGGAGGUUACUGCCAAAACUAAAAAGUGCCUUGUUGCUCAGAAUGGAGGCUUUUUUCAAACUAACACUGGAGUGUGCUUAGGCAAUGUUGUGAGUGAUGGGAAACUGGUGAGGAACAGUGGUGGAGUUCAAAAUGCCCAGUUUGGUAUAAGAAAGGAUGGAACCCUAGUGUUUGGGUAUCUGUCUGAGGAAGAUGUUAUGGACCAGGUCAACCCCUUCGUACAGUUGAUCAGUGGGGUGGUGUGGCUUCUGAGAGCCGGUGAGAUCUACAUCAAUGAAAGCAUCCAGGCAGAGUGUGACAAAACUCAGGAGACCGGAAAAUUUCAGUACUUUGUGGACGUGGUGUCGGCCCGCACUGCGGUGGGUCACGAUAAAGAGGGAAAGCUCAUUCUCUUCCACGUCGAUGGUCAGACGGAUAACAGAGGAAUGAAUCUCUGGCAAGUGGCAAAGUUUCUAAAGGAUCAGGGUGUCAUCAACGCCAUCAAUCUGGAUGGAGGUGGCUCGGCCACCUACAUCCUCAAUGGAUCCCUGGCAAGUUACCCCUCAGAUCACUGUCCAGAUACUAUGUGGCGCUGUCCACGGACCGUAUCCACUGUGCUGUGUGUUCAUGAGAAGCUGUGCCAGCCAGAGGACUGCAGCGGGCAUGGACGCUGCCUAGAUGGUCAGUGCGAGUGCCAGCAGGGCUGGAGCAGACCUGGAUGUGCCAAUCUCACAUGCCAGAGCCCAGAAUGUGGCGAUCACGGGAUCUGCACUGAGAAUGGGUGUGUUUGUGAUUCUGGAUGGAGGGGUUUAAACUGUAGCCAAGAAUGUGAGUCGGGUUUCUAUGGCGAUGGAUGCAAUCAAUCAUGCACAUGUACAAAGGGGGGCUUGUGUGAUCCGGUUCACGGACGGUGCACCUGUCGUUCUGGUUUCCAUGGAGAUUCCUGUAACCAAGAGUGUCCUUUAGGCUUCUAUGGGCUGAACUGUGAGCAGCCGUGCCAGUGUGAUAACAUGUGCCCGUGUGACUCUGUUACUGGGAGCUGUAAUACUACAUAUGAGGGAGAGAGAAACAUCAGCCUGCACAGAGCUGGUCACUGUUUGGCUACCCAGUUGUGGAGGGAAUGGAGGCAUGUAGAGGAAAGUAAAACUCCCAGACCCUAUUUAUCUGAACAAAGCUGGUUGGUUGUCUGCGCUAUCCUGGCAAUGUCGCUGCUGGCCAGCCUCGCCGGUAACCUAAUCCAGACGUGCAGAAAAUGCAAAACGGGCGGAAAAAGGGAGGGCUACUCCUACUUGCCAUUGGGAGAGAUCAACGGGGCCGCAGAGCGUGGCAGAGGUCAGAGGACAAAGCCUGGGAAAAAUAUAUUUCAAGCAGAAGACUCGGACUCCUCGUAAUGGCAAAGUGCGUGCGAAUGUGUGCACGGGUUCACACCACUGUGCCAAUCACCAGAGGCCAGAAUGCCUCAAUAACUACACCUGGCUGGGCAAUUUCAAGACACUGACUGGCAGAGAGAUGUAGGCACUGUGUCAUGGGCCCCAUCUACAUUAGCACAGGCACUUUUUCUUCUAGGAGAGGAGGAUAAAGGGUUUGUUUAUUCUUGCUGUGAAUCGAUGAGCUUUUGGAAAGCUCUCGUCGUAGUUGGAGCGGGACAUCUAACUGAAAAUGAGGGAAUGAAAUGGGCGUUAGACUCCAAACAGAUGUCCACCCGACUCCACAGAUUCCACAUUCACCCCAGCUGAGCCUAUAACCUUGAGCCAGCCCUGUUCACACAUGCCAAGUGCCCUGGUUGUCCAGUCCGACUGAAUCAUGCAUUUGUUUGUUUGAGGUUUGUACUUUGAUUUUAUAGCAGCUGGUCACAAUACAAGGAUUAGUUUCUUAUGUAAUUCAUGAUUCAAACCAUGCUGAAAGUAUUAUAUCAUUGACCUCAAUAAAACCUUUCAUUAAGAUAACCAAGAUAAAUAGCAAUAUCACGACAAAGCCUUUUUAUUCAGUUUAUGGGUUCCACCCGUUGCCAUGGGAUCAGACUAGUUUUGAACUAUGAACCCAUUUUCUGCGAAAUCCUUCCUGCAUGAACUUGCCAAACUGCUAUUUUGAAACGUUUUAUCGAAUUAGGUUUUUUCCUUUUUUCACCAGAGGUCAUUCGGUUUUCCAACAUCGUCCCUUUUGUUUCUGUAUAAGCUUUGCCAGCCCUUGCCUGUCUUAUCAUGGCGCUUCUCUGUUUUGCAUGUUGUCCCACACACUUUAAAUCAGAUGUUAUAAAUAAUCCAGGCCUGGAUUGUUUUCUCAUUCUGCAGAGAUUUUGAGUUUUUCAGUGUCACAAGUUUUAAAGCAGUAAAUCCAGAUUUUGGGGUGAGAUUUGAGUAGUAUGGUUCUGUUUUAGCUCUGCAACAUGACAUAUUAUGGAAGAGGAACAUUUAUUUGAGACGGUUUUACAGUUGGUUCCCCUGCGGUUUCCUGUUUGACAUCAUAAAAAAGAUUUUUGGCUCGUCUCUGAUGUUUGAAGAGGUGGUUUAAAGAGGUUAUGUGAGUAAAAACAUACAGGGGGUUGCAGUGAAUAUUAAGAAACUUGUCAGACAUGAAUGUACAGGUCCAAAAUAAAAAUAUAUUCAUGAAAAAUUUGCAUAGAAAAUGCACUGUUUUGUGCGUUGUCAUAACAUUAAGGGGUAGUUCACACUUACCCCCAUUGACUUCCCUUGUAUGGACACAAAACCACAUUUCUCAAAAUAUCUUUUACGUUUUGAACCCCAUGAAGCCAAUUUCUGUAAAUAAUGUCAAAAUAGUGACAAAAAGGAAAUUUGGUAAGACUUAUUUUACGGUGCUCUUGUUACGCAUGUGACAUGUAUUUACUAUAAAUUAAUUUCAUGUAACUAAUCCUAACCCUAUAGUAAGUACGUGUGGUUAAUUUGUAUUACUCAUGAGUGAAUGUUUAAUUACACUGUAACACGGGCAUUGAAAAAUAAGUGUAAGCACAUAUUUUUUUGGGGUCAUCUGUCCCUUUAAGGAAAUGUUUUAGAAAUCAUAAUUUUAAAAAAUAUUGAUUUUUCAUGAUGGAAGAUUGUUCCGCUUUUCAAUGUAAGGUGAUUUAUAGAAAAAAGUAUUUGACUACAUUGUAUAAUCCAAUAUAUUUCUUUUCCUUUUCAUUUUUGGGUGAAAUUUAUCUUGAACAUGUUUUUGUGAAAUCCAACUAAAAUGUGUUUGUUUUUGGUUACUGAGUUAUACUGAAGACAUAACAAAAGGUGUUUGUCUACAGCUUGAUACAUUUGACUGUUUAUUAACUUCCACCUGGCUCACUGCCUGUUUUGCAUAUGAUCCUCUGCGAAUUACCUCUGAGCCGUAAGUGUAAAACAGCCGGACACAAAAACCUCAAUUCAAUUUUUUUAUGUGUUUGUUAUUUCAAUGAAAUCCAGAAAAUAGAUGCUGCAGGGGUUAGAGAGGGUGCUUCUUUGCUUCGCGCUGGCCCUGAUGCUAAUAAGUGUGGUGGAGGUUAUCUCGCCACAAAUUUUGAGCAAUUGAUCGUGUUGCUUUUGUUAUGCGACAAGCUGAACGGUACAUUCGAUUUGUUGUGCGUUAAUUGAAUGUGGCUAAUUAUGGUAAUCAUGGAAAUCCGUGUUAGUCAGCCUUAUUUUCUUAUGGAUCACUUUAAUUUAAAUUGUUUGCUGCUUGUCAGGUUGACUUGAAAUUAAGGGGAGUUACAACCUGGAAACAGCAUGUAUGCUUGGCCUGCUCAUUUAAUUAGUCAGUUUAGGAGUACUUGAGUGUAGUUUGGCUCUGCUUAUGAUCCUGAGUUCAUCCGCAAUCAAUGACAGAAGUCCUUUUAGAUCCUAGAGAAAGUUGAAGACCACAUGCCUACAUAAUAUAAUCUAUGAGAAUGCUUCUAUGAAAUGUUAUGUGAUGUAUAUAUCAUUUUUAUGUCAAAUCUUCUACAGAGGACCCUUGCUUUCCAUCUGAAUAACAAUGGGUCAGUGAUUCAAAUUUAGUGUCUGUUUGAUCAAUACAAAGAUUGUUGUAUAGUUUUGAUCACAUUUACAUUUUCAUUUAGGCAUUUGGCAGAUGCUUUUAUCCACUUACAUUCCUUUUAUCCUAUACAUUUUUCAUAGGUAUUUGCAAUCCCCUGGGAUUGAACCCACAACCUUGCGUUGUUAACGCAAUGCUCUUACCACUAAGCUACAGGAAAGCUAAUGACAGUGUUUUAUUAUUAUGGCAAAUGGAAAUUAAUGACUUGUCUUUUUUCAAGAUAAUUUAACGGUGUGUCCAAUAGAAAAGGCGUGUUCAAUACAACAAAUGUGUUUCACAGAACAGAUGGUUCCUGAAGAUAAUGGAUUCAAAUGUUGGGCUAAGUUACAUUAAACUAAGUGCAUGCAGUUUAUCAACACAUCUGAUUAAAGUGCUUCUAUAUAUAAUACAUUUUUAUUUCAUUUUAACGCAAGAUUGUUAGCUAAAUUUAAAUGUCAUGCCAAAUCAAACUAUCGCAAAGAGUAUUUUCCUUGUACUAUACCCUAAACUUCCAUGCAUAUUUUGACAAACAUUUAUUGGUUGAGCCCAGAUGAGAAAAAAUUUGCCAGAUUAAAGAGAAUGUAAAAAAGAUUUUUUAAAUACAUUGUAUUUCUAUAAUUAAAUAAAUAUCUUUGAACAUUG